GUUUGUUUUUCUCUCCGUCCCGCCCAGGGAGCAGGUGUCUGCGUGUGUUUCCAUCCUGGAGAGGCUGCUGCAGGCCCUGGACCCGGUGUAUGUGAUCCAGAACCUCAGAGAAGAGCUUCAGAAAGGGCUUUUCCACCCUGACGACUCCGUGAAGAUCCUCACCAUAUCUCAGGUUGGGAGGAUUGUUGAAAAUUCAGAUGCUGUUACAGAAAUUCUCAACAGCCCUGAACUGUUGCGGCAAAUAAUAAAUUGCAUUGGUGGAGAGAAAAUAGCCGUGGCCAAAGAGGCCAUCAAAUCUCUCUCAAGAAUAGCCCAGACGCAAGAUGGCUUAGAGGCUUUAUUUGUGAGCAGUUUGUUGAGUGACUUGAAGAAUGUCAUGGCAACCAGUGAUAUUGUUCGAUACAGAGUGUAUGAGUUAAUUGUUGAGAUUUCUUCGGUGUCAGCAGAUUCGCUAAAUUACUGUGCAAACAGUGGAUUAAUAUCGGAGUUAAUUGGAGAGCUGACUGGAGAUGAUGUGCUGGUCAGAGCUACAUGUAUAGAGAUGGUGACCUCGCUGGCCCAUACCCCACAUGGGCGUCAGUAUCUUGCUCAACAAGGAGUUAUCGAUAAAAUUUCGAACAUCAUUGUUGGUGCAGAGUCCGAUCCUUUCUCAGGCUUCUAUUUACCAGGAUUUGUUAAAUUUUUUGGAAAUCUGGCUGUUGUAGACAGUCCACAGCAGAUCUGUGAACGAUACCCUGUCUUUAUGGAAAAAGUCUUUGAAAUGGCAGAAAGUCAUGAUCCGACGAUGAUUGGAGUGGCUGUGGACACGCUAGGAAUCCUGGGUUCCAAUGUGGAAGGCAAACAGGUUUUACAGAAAACCAGAAGUAGAUUUCAAAAUCUGUUAAACAGAAUAGGGCACCAGGCAAAGAAUGCCCCCACGGAGUUACGGCUUCGAUGCUUGGAUGCCAUUUCAUCUCUUCUUUACUUGCCCCCAGAGCAGCAGACAGAAGACCUUUUAAGGAUGACUGAAUCGUGGUUCACAGCCCUGUCGAGCCAGCCGUUGGAACUCUUCAGGAGCAUCAGCACUCAGCCCUUCCCUGAUCUCCACUGCGGGGCUUUGCGGGUGUUCACUGCUAUUGCAAAUCAACCGUGGGCCCAGAAGUUGAUGCUUGACAGUCCGGGGUUUGUGGAGUACAUUGUAGACAGAUCCGUGGAGCCGGACAAAGCCUCGAAGGAUGCCAAAUACGAACUGGUGAAGGCCCUCGUGAACUCUAAAACGAUCGCGGAGAUCUUUGGGAAUCAGUAUUACCUGAGGCUUAGGGCUUACUUGCGUGAAGGCCCUUAUUAUGUUAAGGCAGUUUCUACUACAGCCGUGGAGGGAGCAGAGUAA